UAUAAAGCACUUCUAUAAGCUGCUCUGGGCAGAAAGUGUCUGCAUAAUGAUAUAAAUGUAAAGGUUUUGAGUGUUGAAUUCUGACACAGAGAAUUUAUACAGUCCAGUGGCUACUGAGAGUCUAAAGAGAGUAAUUGUAAACAUGGGCCUCAAAAUGUGUUUGAUGAUGUCUGAUGUGGUCUCACCCCAACUUCCUGGCCAUUUUACACACAGAGUUCUUUAGAACUGGGGGCUGCGGUGGAGACUGUAGAGAUCUACGCUUAAAACAGAUUGAAGUCUCAUUGUAGUUCCAGCGUCUUUAUAGAGAGAUGAUGAAAUCAGUUUAUGAAAACUCGAGAUUUGCAGCACACAGCAGUUCAGCUGAUCUAAACGAUAGCACGGACUCGUAUGAAGAUAUCUACGCGAAUGAAGAUGUAAUAGAAAUGCGAGGGACCAGAAGCAAUAAAGAGACUAUGACUUCAGAACCAAACACCUCAGGACAUAGAUGCUACAGACUGGCUGUGGUGUGUCUGCUGAUGCUGAUUGUUCUUCUGCUGGCUGCCAUCGCAAUACUGUGGUUCAAGCUGACUACCGAGAAAGACCAAAUACAGCCCAGUUAUAACAACAUGACUACACAGAGAUACCAGUUAGAGACCAGUUGCAGCAACCUAACUGCUGAGAGAGAACAGUUACAGACCAGUUACAGAAAGCUGACUGCUGAGAGAGACCAGUUAACGACCAGUUAUAAAAAAUCAGCUGAAGAAAGAGACCAGUUUCUGAAGAAGACAGAAGAACUCCAGAACAGGAUUUCUCAACUGAAGAGAAACAUUAAUACACCAGGAUGGAAAUACUUUAGCUCCAGUAUUUACUACAUCUCUACUGAGAAGAAGAGCUGGAGUGAGAGCAGACACGACUGCCAGGGAAAAGGAGCAGACCUGGUGAUCAUAAACAGCAGAGAGGAACAGGACUUUGUUGAGGUGUGGAGAAGAGGUAAAUCUGCUUGGAUUGGUGCGACUGACAGAGACAGGGAGGGGGUCUGGAAAUGGCUGGAUGGUACAGCAGUGACCAAUGGGUUCUGGAGACAGGGUGAACCCAACAAUGUUGGGGAUGAGGACUGUGCUGUAUCUGGCUAUCAGUCUGAGCCUGUACCAAAUUGGAUUGAUGUAUCCUGUAAUCUGCAGAAUGUUUGGAUCUGUGAGAAGGGAAUUAAUAUCUAAAAAUGUUGUACGAGUGAAAAACACCAAUUGAUUAGGGAUUAUAAUUUUUUUAUUACUCUGACCCUAAAUAAGUAUAGCUGUUGUGUUAUUGCUUUUUCGGAUACAAUUUAUGACUUAAUGCAUAUUUCUAUAUUUCAUAUUUCUACUUUUAUGGAGAACCUAAUCUGAUCUGAUGGCUUCAUUGCGUAAUCAGAUUUUUCAAAUCCUAUUUUUUGAUUUUGCACAUUUAUGUGUUUAAGCCAGAGGAGGCUCAAGUAAGCAUUUCAGAGUUGAAUACUUAUGUAAUCUACAAAAGUCUGCCCUACUGUGCAAUUAACUUUUGUGUCACAAUAAAAUAAAAAAAUACUUCGCACCUUGAAACGUUACACAUAUUGUGUACAUGAAAAGAUAAAAUCCCCAAUUAAGUUAUAACAUUACAAAAGAUCAACUCUUCAAUGAAUAUAUCCAAGACACUGUAUAUAAUACUCAAUCUAAACAUCCAAACCUGAUUUCCAAAUGGAUUUUUCCUCUAAUUAAUGCGCUUAACGAGUGCAGCACUACUUUAAUUAACACCAGAAAUGAUAUUAUUGAUUGGGAAAAACCUUUCAGCACGUGCAUGGUUCUUCAAGCUGGUCCUACUGAGCCAUAGAAGGACACGCCUAAUCAGUCUUUACCAUCAUUAGACCAUCCAGGCCCAUUCUCAUCAACAGAUUCCAUCAUGUAUAUAAUGUUCGGUCAGUGUCUCCCAGCCCCAGGCUGAACAUGGCCCACGUUGUCAUCAGUUUCACACGUACUCCCUUCGUCUGCAUUGGUUUCCUCUGAGUUUUCCAGUUUCCUCCCACUGUCCAAAAACAUGUCGAUAGGUGCAUUGGUUAAGAUAAAUUGGCCCUAGGUGUAACUGUGUGUGAAUAGUGUCCUGCGAUGGACCGGUGUCCCAUCAGGGGUGAACUCUUCUGUGUCGUGCCUUGUGUUACUCUGGAGCUUCCCUGACCCUGACCACAUCCUGGACACGUUCCACCAUAGAUACAAGAAUACAAGUAUAAGUGUAAGCAAAUAAAAAUUAUAUUUACAUAUAGUAAAAAUAAAAGUACAUUGACUAGUA